GCGGCGGCGGCGCUGCGGGACGGGCGGGCGGGCGGCGGGGCCGGGGCACGGCCAUGGCCGGGGCAGCCGGGCCGCCCCUGCCGCGGCUGCUGCUGCUGCUGCUGCAGCUCCUGGCGCUGCCCGCCGGCCGCGCCAACCGCACCGGCCCCGACUCCCUGUAUGUCUCUGAGUACUUCUCUCAGAGUGCACAGAAGCUGUCCUUCUACAGCUGGUAUGGGAAUGCCAAGCUCUUCCACUUCCACGUGCCAGAGGACACCGUGCUGCUACGCUGGCUGCUGCAGGCAUCCCGGGGAAAAGGCCCCGAGUGCACCAGCAUGGAUAUCACUGUGCACUUUCGCCACGGAGCCCCUCCCGUCAUCAACCCUCUGGGCACUCGCUUUCCUGCCAACGCCACCGUCCGUCCCUCCUACAACAUCAGCAUCUCGCUGGGCAGCGCUGUGCAGAACACCACCUUUGUGAACGUCACCACCCCUGCUGCAGGGGACUGGUUCAUCGCCGCCCACCUGCCCGAGGCUGCGGGCAGGAUCGAGGUGAAGGGUUUCUCCACUCCAUGCCCCUAUAUGUUCCAGGCAGAUAUGUUUGUGCUCAGACUCACUGAUAUGCCUGUCCUGGAGCCUGGUGUCCCCAUGCCACACACCGUUGUCUCGCCUGCUAAGCCACUGCAUGUCAAGGUCUUCGUUCCCAAACACGCCGCAGGGAUGCGGUUCCAGCUGAGCAGCUGCGUCACCAGCGAGCAGAGAGCCUGCACUGUGAGGGUGCUGCUGGGCUCCAUCACCCUGCCCCAGUCCUUCCAGAGGAGCCUCACCUGCACGGGGAGCACCAACUGCAGCCUGGCCCUGGACUCGCCCCCCUGGGAGAAAUGGCUGCAGAUCAUGGUGGAGAGUCUCGGCACUGCCAAUGCCAGUGUGUCAGUGGAGAUGCUGGCUUCUUUCACAGUUUGCAGACCAGGAAGCACCAGUUCCUUCCUUAACUUCAUCAGCCUAAACCAGAGUCAAGCUGGUGCCAGACCAGGAGCAGCAGGCAGCCUCACUCCAGCUGCAGGAGAGGCUCCACACAACGUGUCUGGCCAGAGGAGCUCCUGCCUGCAGAGCCAGCCCGUGGUGAGGGAGGACCUGGAUGUGGUGUCCGUGCGCUACCGGCUCCUGAGCGGCCCCAGCGUGCCCGUGAGCUCCCUGAGCCCCAGCCUGCUCCUGCUCAACCUCAACACGGGCAUGGACAGCGGGGGAUCCCUCGUGGUCAGCCUGCUGCUCAACAAGACAUCUGUGAGCCUGGCCAAUGCCACCGUGGCAGCCUGUGUGAGUGCUGCUUCUCCAGUGCUGUCCCUCAACGCCACACGGAACUGCAGCACAGCUUUUUCCCAGGGCUACCCUCUGAGUGUGAGCACAUCCUCUGCAGAAGCGAUGCUGAUUGUCCUGUACCCACAGACAGAUGACUGGUUCCUGUCCCUGCAGCUCCUCUGCCCCAAGGGACAGGGGGAAUGCAGCGGUGCCGAGGCCAGAGUGACGGUGUUCGCGUACCUCACCCCCUGCUUCAACGACUGCGGGCCCUACGGGCAGUGCAGCCUCCUGCGCAGGCACGGCUACCUCUAUGCUGCCUGCAGCUGCAAGGCUGGUUGGGGUGGCUGGAGCUGCACAGAUGACACCAAGGCCCAGACCGUGGGCACACAGAACUUGGCCACGCUGCUGCUCACCCUGAGCAACCUCAUGUUCCUGCCAGCCAUUGCAGUCGCUGUCUAUCGCUUCUACCUGGUGGAGGCCUCUGUCUACACCUACACCAUGUUCUUCUCCACGUUCUACCACGCGUGUGACCAGCCGGGCGUGGCCGUGAUGUGCAUCAUGGACUACGACACGCUGCAGUACUGCGACUUCCUGGGCUCCGUGGUGGCCAUCUGGGUCACCAUCCUGUGCAUGGCCCGCCUGAAGAAGAUCCUGAAAUACGUCCUUUUUGUCUUGGGGACCCUGUUAAUUGCCAUGUCCCUGCAGCUGGACCGCAGAGGGGUGUGGAACAUGAUGGGUCCCUGCCUCUUCGCCCUCUUCAUCAUGGUUACAGCGUGGGUUCACCACGGAGCGAAGCGCAGGCACUGCUACCCCUCCUCGUGGAAGCGCUGGGUUUUCUACCUCCUCCCAGGGAUCACCUUGGCUUUCAUUGCCAUCUCAGUGUACGCUUUCAUGGAAACCAAUGAGAACUAUUACUACACCCACAGCAUCUGGCACGUGCUGGUGGCUUGCAGCGUGGCUUUCCUGCUCCCUCCUCAGGACAAGCACAAGAAGCCCUGGGCCUGGCCCCAGAAGCUCACGUGCCGCUACCAGAUCUGCCAGAAUGACCGUGAGGAGCUCUACGCUGUGACAUGACCUGUCCUGGUCAGGGGUGGAGGGAUGGGAGCUGCUCUUGGCCAUGGCUGCCCCUCACACAGGGUCAGUCCUCUCAUGUGCUCGUUCCCUGGACAGGAGGGUGCAGCCUGGACUGGGUUUAAAGAUGAAGAUGGUCUGGGCUGGUGUUGUGGAGGCAAGUCUGCUUUUCUGCUGGGGUGGGGCAGGCUCUUCAUGGUUCAAGAUCAAGGAAUUGCUUGUCCCCCACCCCCCCCAUAGCCCUGGGGGAAAUCGCCAACCCUUCUUCCCCCACUGCUGCAUCCAUGAGGCUUGGGCUUAGCCCGCACUAAGCUGGAGCCAAGGCUUUGGCUGCUGAGCUCUUCUCUGCACCCUGUCCUGGUAGAGGAUGUGGGACAGGGACCUCCCCUACCAUCCUGCAGUCAGCAUUUGAACCCAAGAUAAGAACACUCUUCUUCUGUUCUGGGGAGCAAAUGCUGCCCAGUGCCCUUGGUGCUGAUGGGGAGGGAGGGAGCUGAUCCCAACACAUGGUGGGCCCUUGGCUGCCAUCUCCUUGGGGUCUGGAGCCUCUCUCCCUCUGAAACAGGUGCUGCUGCUCUUAUCUGGUCCUGAUGCUGUGGGGGAUGAAUGAGGCUGGGACUUGGGCCCUGGAUUCAGGGUCAGACCUGGCAGGAAUGUGAAAAACCCCAUGUGAGGACAUACAAAAGGUAGGAGCAGCAUCUCAGCCAGAGCUGUGAAACCCACAGUAGUGCAGGGUUUAGUCUGAUUUUAACUUGAGCUCUGGAAGAAGACAGGCUGAUGGUGUUCAGGGAUUCACUGUUUCCUUCUUUUUGGGGGGUUUGGCAUGGGCAGGGCUCUCUCUGGGGCAGCACAGGUGGUUCAGGGUGGUGCCUCAGCUGCUCCUCCAGCCUGCUGUGCCUCGGAGCCUGGAUGUGCUGCAGGGUCCUGAGGCCACAGCAGUGUCCCAGCCCAGCCAGGAGCAUCACCAGGGGCUCCCCAGGUGGCCAAGGUCUCCUUUGCAGUGUGUCUCACCUAAGCCUUACUCUAGGGCACACAGAAAGCAAGGGCAGACCUUGGCAACCAGGGAAGUUGUCCUUGCCCAUCCUUCUACAGAUAAGGGCUCAACUACAUCGUUCCAGCUUGUGUCAGCCUGGUGUGUGCUGCUGGGAGCCCUUCCUCAGGUGGCUUUGGGGAGGAAAGAGCUUUUCAUGAAGGAUUUGCCUCCUCUGGGUUCUUUCUUUGCUUUGAAGAGCGCCCAGCUCAGCUCUGCACUUUAUCCCUCUGCCUCCCCUUCCUCUGCAAUGUCCCCCUUUUUAAGCAGGUGCAGGACAAGUGAAGGGCACUUGUCCAUACCCAGCAGUGUCAUCCCCCCCUCACCUGUGUCCCCUGUGUUUCCUUGUGCUGCUGCCAUCUAGAGCAGCAGGGCAGGAAAGGGGACAUGGGGCCCUCAGGGCUUCCUCUGACUUCUACCACUUUUAGGCACUUUUUUUCCCCCCCUGUCUUGGUUUGCACAGUGGUGCUGAGGCCCCAGCACCACAGCAGGCAACCGCUGCUCCUUCACAGCCGUGCCGUCCAUGCCGGGCCACAGGUGGGACCUGGGUGCUGCCAGUGUGACUUGGGUGCCACUGGUGUGACCUGGGUACUGCCAGUGGGACCUGGGUGCCACCAGACUGGUCUGGGUGCUGCCAGCAUGACCCAGGUGCCGCCAGUGGGACCAGGGUGCUGCCAGUGUCACCCAGGUGCCACCAGUGUGACUCGACUGCUGCCAGUGUGACUUGGGUGCCACUGGUGUGACCUGGGUACUGCCAAGGUGACCUGUGUGCUUCCAGUGUGACCCAGGUGCUGCUGGUGUGACUCAGGUGCCACCAGUGUGACUUGACUGCUGCCAAUGUGACCUGGGUGCCACCAGUGUGACCUGAUGCCACUGAUAUGGCUGGGUUUUGCUGGUUAUCAUAGAAAGCAAUAAUUCCUCAUCGGGCCUUUCCCUUCAGGGAUUUCCAUGCUGGAAGCAGGAGAAGCUUUGGGGCAAGGAAUCCCACUGACAUGAUUGUUUAUUUUGUGUUUGAUCAUUAAUUUUUGCUUUGCUCCCUCCCUGCUGACUUGGCUUUGGUGCCUCCAGGAGGGAGGGUUAAUUAUUUUGGGUAAAAUCCGAGCAAAUUCCUGUGUCUGGGGGGGCGGGAAGGUUAUUUUUUUCUUUGCUGUUAAUACCUGUGAUUAUUUUAUACAGUAAAUUUUAAAGCUUACA